GCGUCGGACCCCCUCUGGAGCCUUGGAUCUAAACAUUUUUUCCUGAUGGAUUUGGAGUCGCGCGCUCCGUAUCCCGCGUGCGUCCUCGGGUGACAACCGGACACGCACGAGCCUGGACCGCUUUUUCCGCACGAGCUCCACACCUGAAGUGUCCAUGAUGAGAAGAUGGCUGGCGCCUGUGUGUUUCCACUGGGACCUGAGAGCUUCCAGCUGUUCACCAGGGACUCACUGUGCGCCAUCGAAGAACGAAUCCGAGCCCAAGAGGAGAAGAGGAAGCACUACCAGGAGGACCUGGGGGAUGUGGAGGAGCCUAAGCCCCGUCCGGACCUGGAGGCCGGGAAGACCCUGCCCCGGAUCUUCUCCGAGAUUCCAGCGCACCUGAAGGGGGUCCCCCUUGAGGAUAUCGACCCCUACUACAGGAACCAGCGGACGUUCAUCGUGUUGAACAAGGGCAAAGCCAUUUUCCGCUUCAGUGCCACGUCUGCCCUCUACCUGUUCAGCCCGUUCCACCCUGUGAGACGCCUGGCCAUCCGCGUGCUGGUCCACUCGCUCUUCAGCCUCUUCAUCAUGUGCACUAUUCUGACCAACUGCUGCUUCAUGGCCAUGUCUGACCCGGCCUACUGGACCAAGUACCUCGAAUACACGUUCACGGGGAUCUACACCUUCGAGUCCCUGAUAAAGAUCCUGGCGCGAGGCUUCUGCGUCGGACCCUUCACCUUCCUCAGAGACCCAUGGAACUGGCUCGACUUCAGCGUCAUCGUCAUGGCAUAUGUCACAGAGUUUGUGGACCUCGGCAACGUCUCUGCGCUGCGCACGUUUCGGGUUCUGCGAGCGCUCAAAACCAUCUCUGUCAUCCCAGGGCUGAAGACCAUCGUGGGCGCUCUGAUCCAGUCUGUGAAGAAGCUGGCUGAUGUGAUGAUUCUCACAGUGUUCUGCCUCAGCGUCUUUGCUCUGAUUGGUCUACAGCUCUUCAUGGGAAACCUACGACAGAAGUGCGUCCGCUCCACAGCUCACUGCUUCCACACAAACGUGACGUCGGUGGGCACCACCGUCUUCUACUGCAACAACAAGACCUGGGCCUCACUCGAGAACUUCAUCAACUCUGAAGAAAACUUCUACAAAGUGGAGGGAGCCAAAGACGCCUUAAUCUGUGGCAACAGCAGCGAUGCUGGGAAGUGUCCUGACGGCUUCGUGUGCCUGAAGUCCGGGAGGAAUCCAAACUACGGCUAUACAAGUUUCGACACCUUUGGGUGGGCCUUUCUGUCCCUGUUUAGACUCAUGACACAAGACUACUGGGAAAACCUUUACCAUCAAACGUUGCGCUCGGCUGGUAAGACGUACAUGGUGUUCUUUGUGGUGGUCAUCUUCCUGGGCUCGUUCUACCUGGUAAACCUGAUUCUUGCGGUGGUUGCCAUGGCGUACGAGGAGCAGAAUCAAGCCACCAUCUUGGAAGCCAACCAGAAGGAGCGCGAGUUUCAGGAGGCGAUGGAGCGGCUCAAACAGGAGCAGCAGGCCGCGGCUCAGAAAGCCCUGGACUCCGACUCGGUGAUGUCACGUGACCUUUCACCUUUCGCUCCUCCGCUGACCCCUGACCUCACAGCGGAGGAGCGGAGGCGGAGCCAAGCGCUAGUGGGCGUGGCCAACCUGGAAGCCAACCUAUCAGAAGAGAGGCUGCUCACAGACUCCAAGCCGCUCCAUCCCCUCCUCUCUCGCUCGUUCUCGUCGCGCCGGUGCUCUCAGGUGUCCUCCAUCUUUAACUUCGUGCUGAGAGGGCGUGGCUCUGAGGGCGAAAUGGCCGACGACGAGUUCAGCGUCCCCGGUGACGUCCUGGAGGGGGCGCCUUCAAGGUUCACCUCCACAGGUGUGUACAGCCCCAGCGCCUACACCGGGGGCCAGUACAGCACCGCCGGACCUCUCACCUCCCUCCAACACUGGGCCAAAAGAAGAACCAGCACCUUCAGCACGCACAGCCGCACCUCACAGGUUUUCUUCCCCACCCUAAACGUGAACGGUCGGCUCUUGGUGGGUUUGGAAAAUGGCGUCUCGUCUCCUCCGCUGCCCGGGCAGGUCCCAGGGCAGGUGCCACCCUGCGCCAUGGAGAAACUCAACGAGGAGAGCGUCCCGACUUCGUCCACUGAGCUAAGCACGAUGCUGCUGCCUCGACCCUCGUCCAAUCACAGCUCAGAGAGACGGGGGCGGACCCUAAGUGCUGCAAGCUGUCUCACAGACGCCAUGGAGGAGCUAGAAGAGACUCACGGCCGCCGCUGCCCCCCCUGCUGGUACGUGCUGGCACAGCGUUUCCUGGUGUGGGAGUGCUCCCCCUCCUGGCUGCGGCUGAAGGCGGCGGUUAAUGUUAUGGUAAUGGACCCUUUUCUGGACCUGGCCAUCACGGUCUGCAUCGUCCUCAACACGCUGUUUAUGGCCAUGGAGCACUACCCUAUGACGGACGAGUUCAACAGCAUGCUGUCCAUCGGAAACCUGGUUUUCUCUGGGAUCUUCACGGCUGAGAUGGUUUUGAAGAUCAUCGCGUUGGAUCCGUACUUUUAUUUCCAAACUGGGUGGAACAUCUUUGACAGCAUCAUCGUCUGCCUCAGCCUCAUGGAGCUCGGACUGUCCGACGUGGAGGGACUGAGUGUGCUCCGGUCCUUUAGACUGCUUCGUGUGUUUAAACUGGCUCGUUCUUGGCCCACUCUGAACACUCUGAUAAAGAUCAUUGGAAACUCCAUGGGCGCACUCGGGAAUCUAACCCUCGUCCUCGCCAUCAUCGUCUUCAUCUUCGCUGUGGUUGGGAUGCAACUCUUUGGCAAAAACUACCAGGACUGUGUGUGUAAGAUCUCCCGAGACUGCUCCCUCCCUCGCUGGCACAUGAAGGAUUUCUUUCACUCAUUCCUGAUCGUGUUCCGGGUUCUGUGUGGGGAGUGGAUUGAGACCAUGUGGGACUGUAUGGAGGUCGCCGGCCAACCCCUCUGCAUCCUGGUUUUUAUGCUCGUCAUGGUCAUCGGAAACCUCGUGGUGUUAAACUUGUUCCUGGCGUUGCUCCUCUCCUCCUUCAGCUCUGAUAACCUCUCAGCUCCAGACGACGAUGGAGAAAUGAACAACCUGCAGAUUGCCAUCAAACGUAUCGGCACCGGAGUCAGCUGGUGUAAAGACCAGGUGCUGGACUUCUUUAACGGGAAUCUGAAGAAGAGGAGAGAGAAACGGAGAGAAGCUCAAAUCCAGGCUCUGAAACUCAAGAGACUGAGCAGCAUCCACACAGAGGCCAACGGAGGAGUUAUAGGUCGUCACGUGGAGAAGUACGUGGCCUCAGAUGACAGCUACAUGACCAACGCCUCCCUGACCCUCAGUGUGCCCAUCGCCCCGGGAGAGUCCGACAUCGAGUUCCCCGAAGAGGAGGAGGAGGAGGCCAGUGAUGAAGAGCAGGAGCCCGACACGAAAGAUGACAUCAGCCUCUCAGAGGGCAGCACCGUGGACCUGAGGAAACCCGGAGAGGAGGAGGACGACUUCUCUGAACUGGAGCAAGAAGCAAUGGACCCAGAAAACUGUUUCCCUGAAGUAUGUGUGCGUCGCUUCGGCUGCUGUGACAUCGACACAUCCUCAGGCCCGGGUCAGGUCUGGUUCAGACUCAGGAAGACAUGUUAUCAGAUUGUGGAGCACAGCUGGUUUGAGACCUUCAUCAUCUUCAUGAUCCUGCUCAGCUCUGGAGCACUGGCCUUUGAGGACAUCUACAUAGAGCAGAGGAGGGUGGUGAAGACGGUUUUGGAGUAUGCUGAUAAGAUCUUCACGUACGUGUUUAUCCUGGAGAUGAUCCUGAAGUGGCUCGCCUACGGCUUCAAGAAGUACUUCACCAACUACUGGUGCUGGCUCGACUUCCUCAUCGUCGACGUCUCUUUAGUGUCCCUGGUGGCCAACACUUUGGGAUAUUCGGAUUUUGCGGCGAUUAAAUCCUUGAGGACUCUGCGAGCGCUGCGUCCGCUCAGAGCUCUGUCACGCUUCGAGGGAAUGAGGGUGGUGGUGAACGCGCUGAUUGGAGCCAUCCCCUCCAUCAUGAACGUUCUCCUGGUGUGUCUGAUCUUCUGGCUCAUCUUCAGUAUCAUGGGCGUCAACCUCUUCGCAGGAAAGUACGGCCGCUGUGUGAAUCGAACCGGUCACCUCUACGACGCAGGGCUCGUCAACAACAAAUCCGACUGUCUCGAGCUCAAUUCCACCAACUUCUACUGGACCAAGGUCAAGGUCAACUUCGACAAUGUGGGAGCGGGCUACCUGGCUCUGCUGCAGGUGGCGACAUUCAAAGGCUGGAUGGAGAUCAUGUACGCUGCUGUGGACUCCAGAGCCGUGGAGGAGCAGCCCAUAAAGGAGAUAAACCUGUACAUGUACCUAUACUUUGUGGUCUUCAUCAUCUUUGGAUCCUUCUUCACUUUAAACCUCUUCAUCGGAGUCAUCAUCGACAACUUCAACCAACAAAAGAGAAAGUUAGGAGGACAGGACAUUUUUAUGACCGAGGAGCAGAAGAAAUAUUAUAACGCCAUGAAGAAACUGGGCUCCAAGAAACCUCAGAAACCCAUCCCCCGACCACUGAACUCUCUUGCGGGUGUGUGCUUUGACCUGGUGGGUAAACAGGCCUUUGACAUCGUGAUCAUGGUCCUGAUUCUUCUGAACAUGAUCACGAUGAUGGUGGAGACGGAUGAGCAGCCGCAGCAGAUGGAGAGGAUCCUGUACUACAUCAACCUGGGCUUCAUCGUGGUCUUCACCAUCGAGUGCAUUCUGAAGAUCCUGGCCCUGCGCUGUUACUACUUCACUGUGGGCUGGAACAUCUUCGACUUUGUGGUGGUGAUUCUGUCGAUAGUGGGCAUUGUACUGGCCGACAUCAUAGAAAAGUACUUUGUCUCUCCGACCCUGUUCCGAGUGAUCCGAUUGGCUCGUAUCGGCCGUAUCCUGCGCCUGAUCCGCGGUGCUAAAGGCAUCCGCACGCUGCUCUUCGCCCUGAUGAUGUCACUUCCUGCCCUCUUCAACAUCGGGCUCCUCCUCUUCCUCGUCAUGUUCAUCUACGCCAUCUUUGGGAUGGCCAAUUUCGCCUACGUGAAGCGCCAGAACGGCAUUGAUGACAUGUUUAACUUUGAGACCUUUGGGAACAGCAUGCUGUGCCUGUUUCAGAUCACCACCUCCGCGGGUUGGGACGGUCUCCUGGGGCCCAUCCUCAACAACUCCCCCCAGGAGUGUAACCCCGACUUGCCCCACACCGGCACCACCGUGAGGGGCAACUGUGGUAACCCCUCUGUGGGCAUCACCUUCUUCGUCACCUACAUCAUCAUCAGCUUCCUCAUUGUGGUCAACAUGUACAUCGCCAUCAUCCUGGAGAACUUCAGCGUGGCGACGGAGGAGAGCACGGAGCCGCUGAGCGAGGAUGACUUUGAGAUGUUUUAUGAGGUGUGGGAAAAGUUUGACCCGGAGGCCACACAGUUCAUCGAGUACUCCAAACUGUCCGACUUUGCUGACUCUCUGUCAGAGCCGCUGCGCAUCGCCAAACCCAACAAGAUCAAACUGAUCUCCAUGGACCUGCCCAUGGUCAGCGGGGACAAGAUCCACUGCUUGGACAUCCUGUUCGCUUUCACCAAGCGCGUCCUGGGAGAGUCCGGAGAGAUGGACGCUCUGAAGCAGCAGAUGGAGGAGAAGUUUAUGAUGGCCAACCCCUCCAAGAUCUCCUAUGAACCCAUCACCACCACACUGAGGCGCAAGCAGGAGGAGGUGUCGGCCACAGUGAUCCAGCGCUGUUACCGCAGACACCUGGUGCGACGACAGGUGAAGGCCGCCUCCUACCUGUACCGACAGAUCGCCACGCCCCAUCACCAGACUAUACCCGACGACGCCAUCUUUGGGGAGGACGCGCCUGAGAGGGAGGGGCUCAUCGCCGCCAUGAUGAGAGAGAACUACGCCGCCGGACUGUUCGCCAUGGAGCGAUCCGAAACGCUCUCCACAGGAAUCAUCUCGUCUCCGCCUUCGUAUGACAGCGUGACCCGAGCCGCCAACGACCUGUCUGCACCUACCGCAAACACCCUGUCUGUCCCUGUCACGAACGACCUGCCCGCACCUGUCUGCAACCUGUCGGUACCUGCCACAAACACCCUGUCUGCUCCUGUCACGAACCUGUCAGAACCUGCCGCAGUGACUCAGGGCGGGACAGAGCGGCCGGAGCACAAAAUGGAGGAGGCACACAAAAUGGAGGACGUGUACAAAAUAGACUGCGUGACGUCUUCUUCCUCAACGACGGUUGCUGCCUCCGUUGUCGCGGUAACGGAGAGAACGGCGGGAAAUCAGGAAAGUGGACCUUAGUCACAGACAAACCCGAUCGCAGAAAUAUACCUGAGUUUUACCUGAAAUUAAAAAAAUAAAAUACAAAACAUGUUUAUAAUUCCACAUUUUCACAAACUCUAAAUGAAAGAUGUCAAAGGUUUAAGCUUUACGGUCCUCACACUCAAACUCAGACUAAAUCAACUUCAAAUUGUAAUAACUUCCACUAAAAGCACAUAACAUUUACUGUAAACGAUUCAGAAUCUGACUCAGGAAUCCAUCGCAGACUCCCUUUAGAGAGAAAGUCCUCAAAAUGUCUCCUCUGCAAAACCACGCUCAGAUGUCUCCUGUUGAUUGGCCGAGU